AGAUAAUGUGCUAACAACAGCCAAUAGGAGCGUAUCAAGGCAGCAGUCUCUCUCUGCUACACACCCACAUUACUUUUGUGUCCACCACUUCGCGGGAGUUGUCGCCACAGGAGCGGUCGUCUGUUUAAACUAGUAAAACAGUAUACAGGAGACUCGAAGGGCAACCAUGUCUGACAGAAAGGCGGUGAUCAAAAAUGCCGACAUGUCGGAGGACAUGCAGCAGGACGCCGUGGAAUGUGCCACACAGGCCCUGGAGAAGUACAACAUCGAGAAAGAUAUCGCUGCAUACAUCAAGAAGGAGUUUGAUAAGAAAUAUAACCCCACCUGGCACUGCAUCGUUGGGAGGAACUUUGGCAGUUACGUGACUCACGAGACCAAGCAUUUUAUUUACUUCUACUUGGGUCAGGUGGCCAUUCUGCUGUUCAAGUCCGGCUGAGGAAAUGCAUUUCUCACACCAGAUGACCAUAAAUACAAUACUGACUGACUCAACUAAGGCACGUAUCAUUCCUUGGCAAGGGGCCGAUGCCUUUUUCUGCGCUGCUUUCUACUUUUUGUUUGAGGAAAAAAACGUGGCCAUGUUAAAGAGGUGAAACACUUGUAUUUAUUUUUGUCCUGUUCUGUUAGACAUGUCAUUUUUUUAAUUAAAGCAUAGCUGUUCAGCUGCCUGGG